AGUUGGCAUCUGAUCACAAGCUUCGUCACCUUUCCUUAAACCUACAUACACUCUCACUCUUACUAUAUAUAUAUGCAUGCUUCUAAAACCUCAAACACACAACCUCAAACAUCUUCUUCUCAUAAAACAUUUCAAAUAUGAAAUCUUUUACAGGUUUUUUGGUGGUACUAAGUUCUUUUGUUAUGGUUGCUACUGCUGGCAACUUUUACCAAGAUUUUGAUCUAACUUGGGGGGAUAAACGGGCCAAGAUUUUCAAUGGUGGUCAGCUUUUGUCACUAUCUUUGGAUAGGGUUUCCGGGUCGGGUUUUAAGUCCAAGAGAGAGUAUUUGUUUGGGAGGAUUGAUAUGCAGCUUAAGCUUGUUGCUGGCAAUUCUGCUGGGACUGUCACAGCUUAUUAUUUGUCAUCAGAAGGACCAACACACGAUGAAAUCGACUUUGAGUUCUUGGGAAACACCACUGGUGAUCCGUACAUUGUGCACACCAAUGUCUUUACUCAAGGAAAAGGAAACAGAGAGCAACAAUUCUACCUGUGGUUCGACCCAACCAAGAACUUUCACACCUACUCUAUCCUUUGGGAUUCACGACAAAUAGUAUUCUUGGUGGACAACACUCCAAUUAGAGUAUUUGCAAACGCAGAAAGAAAAGGUGUCCCUUUUCCUAAAAACCAACCCAUGAGGAUCCACUCGAGCUUAUGGAACGCGGACGACUGGGCCACGAGGGGCGGGUUGGUUAAAACCGACUGGUCAAAAUCACCCUUUACGGCCUACUAUCGCAAUUUCAACGUCCAAGGGUCGACUAGUUCGAGGUAUAUGAAUGGGGCAUGGAAAAGCCAGCAACUUGAUGCAUAUAGUAGAAGAAGAUUGAGAUGGGUUCAGAAGAACUUCAUGAUUUAUAACUAUUGCACUGAUUUAAAGAGGUUUCCUCAAGGUUUGCCUGCAGAAUGUAGAUAAAAGUGGAGGUCUAGUUAUCUCUUUCUUGUAACGUUGUUUGUAAACUAGUAUGAUUUGGUGAAGAAGUGAUUGUAACUUUGGUUUCUUGUAAUUCAAUUUGUGAUGUCAUGUUAAUAAAACUACCCUAUUUGUUUUAUAUA